AUGGAAGGAUGUCCACGGUCUUUGAUGCUAAAUGUGGACUUAAAAGAACCUUUUCCUACGGAGUUUACACCCUCUCUAAAAACGGUAAAGAAAGACAAGCGUGUUUGCUUCAUUCUGAGGCCGUUUAUGUGGCCAAACAAUCUAAACAUUGGUUUAUUUUCAGUACAUUCGAGAACACUAUAACGAAGAUGCGGACUCCUACAACAACGAAUGCUCCCAGCUGGAACAGCUUAGAACCGUAAGAUUUCGUUAUUUAAUUAUUUUUGCUCACUAUGUGAUCAUAAAGUGAUUGUUUGUUUGUUUUAGUUAUUUGAUAUAAUAUAAUCAAAUGAAAUGUAAAGAAAUAUGGUAGUUAUGAAGGGGAACUAUGUGCGGAUUCAUUACAGUAGUUUUUAGGAGGGAAUGAGUUACGUAUUGUUAUUCACCUCCUCUGGUAUUCUUUUUGUUGUAGUUACAUGAACAGCAAACCCCUCCCGCGUUUUGGGACAAGAAAAUUAUUUAUUUUUUGGGGGGAUCCUUUCAAACAAGUACAAGUUGUUACUAACACAUUCAGUUUGUAAAUUCCUGUCAAUCGUACUCAAAAUAAUCACCAUCUUUAAAAAACAUUGAACAAUGUCCGGUCACGUUAUUUUAGGAAAUUCAUGACGUAUUCUGAAAAACUCUGGACUCUCGGUUGAGAAACGGACUUAGAUCUAGGAGUGACAUUUUUGCCUUUUUUAGAAGACUUUAUAUUUGAGUUAUAGGAAAAAUGCUGUUUGUAACGUGUAUUAUGAUAUAAUUUGAGACUAGAAAAACUCUCACGGUAAUUAUAGGUAAUUGCUUGUACCUACUUUAAACCAGGAAGUCAAAGGUUGUUUCUCAUCAGAUUUUUUUCUGUUCACAAAAUUAAGGGGGUUGAAAAUUAAAACAGGAUCAAUUCUUAGCUUGAUAAAAAGUUAAUGAUGAAUUUAAUUGAUUUUCAUUGUUGUGAGUGAGACAGUCAAUUAUUUUUAAGAUGGAUACCCUUGGGACAGUACUAAGUGUCUGUCUUAGAGAGAUGUCCCGAGGGGGGGGGAGUUACUGCCAUAUAUGGGCUAUAUAGGUAUGUGCCGCUGUGAAGGGUAUGUUUUUGAAGCAAUUUACCGUGGGAUAGGGUAUAUGAAUCAGAGAGUUUGGGUCUAGAAUAGGUCAUCAUUUUCCAGGAAACUAAUCGAUUGGUUGAAACCAGAAUUGCCACUCAAAAGUUAAAAAAAUCAAAUCGGCAAGUUUAAAUUUACGCAACUCAGCCUACAGUACUCUAGGAUAGGGGGGAUUUGGGGAGUUUAGUCUAGUAUAGGGUAGCAAAAUUCAGCUGAACUAGCUCUGGUAUAGGCUAAGGGUUCCAGGGUCCCAGCGGCACAUCCCUACACAAACAUUCCCAAAGUACCCUCCCCCCCCAACGGAGAUGUCCGUCUUACAGAGAGUCAAAUAAAGGGAGUAAAAAAGCCAGGGACCAACUGUAGGUGUCCAUUUUACAGAGGUGUCUGUCUUGUAGAGGCAUCCAGCAAGAGAGAGUCAACUGCAUAACUUUUAAUUUUCAGCCUCUUAUGUUUUAUAACUUCCCAGGCCUCCAUUCGCCCUUCACGUGACCACUCAGGGUGCAGCACUCUACGGCGGUAUUAUGCGCAGCUGCAAUUUCUUCAAUCACGGUUUCCUAUGGGAGAUGGAGGAGCAGUUAAUGUCCAGUUCACAUGGUCUGUGCUCAUCCCUUACAUUUAUGUACAGAAUAAAGAACUUUAAGUAAAUAUUGCUGACGCCAUUCUGGUUAACGGUUUCAACAGAAUGUUAAAUUAUUCAUUUGUGUUGUGAAAGCAUUUGAAUGGCAUACACUGUAUCAGAAUUAAUAUUAGUACACUAGAAGAGAUGAUACUUGGUCACAAGUUAAUGAUAACAACAAUAAUAAAUUAUUAUCAGUUACUAUCAUUAUCAUUAUUAUUAUUAUUAUUAUUAUUAUUAUUAGUUGUUAUUAUUGAUUAUAAAGACAAUUUUGUGCAUGGUGAAUAACAGUGGUGGCAAGAAUGAUGUUGAUAAUGGCACUUAUGACAAUCCUGGUUCUCAUUAAAUGCCGGCAACCGACUAAAAAAACGGCUACUUUGAGGUCUGAGCUGUUGACUUUUGAGGGAAAAUGGGUAAAGUAAGGGAGUGAAUUACAUCAAGGGCAGUGAAGAUAGUAGUCACUUUUAUUAUGGACAGAGGGCUUGGAAAUGCAUUGGUUAAUUCCUUAUAUGAAAAGUGUAUCAAUUUUUGUCGUUUAUACAAAUUAAUUUCCUUUUUCUUUUAACAGGACUGAUCUUUAUUCUGAAGAACCAAUAUCCUUGUGUGACAUUAAAUUUGAGCAAGCAUCAAUUCUUCAUAAUUUAGGUUGGUAUCAAUUUCUAGAUCAAAUGUUAUGGUUUAGUUUAACAACACUUGAAUCAAAUUGGUGCGGUAAGGUGAAUUCAGCAGAGCUGUAUAAAUAUAUAAAUGUUAAAAUGUCCUAUAUAAAUGCUAUGGACAGAUAGAACAUAGAGCACUUCAUCAGUGUGUAUGUUCUCUACUCUUUUUGAACAGCGGUGCUUUUUUUUAAGCUUCUUUCAAACUGAUAGGAAAUGAUGAACCAGAAAAGGCCAAGGGCUUAAGUCAACUGACUGCGCAAUGAUAUUCUUAUAUAAGAGUUUGUUUUUCAGUCAUUUUCCUGCUUAUAUGAAAAGUAUGUUUUCACUCCAGUCCUCUUCCUAUGAUCUUCUCAGUAAACCUAAAAUAAUGACCUAUGGUCUUAAAUCCUUUUCUUACUUUCAGCUAAACAGUGGAAUGCAGUGCCAGACUUUUUUCGCACUAGUUUUUUGGCAUAAUUUUUUAAUUAGACUUUUAUGUGAAGACUUUUACUUUAUGUAUUUUUGUGUGGUGUCAGCUAGAAUAUAUUAACUCGCUACUCCAAAAUUCACAUGAAAGUAUUCAAGUUUUUGUUGUUGUUAUUCAAGACCCUGAUUGGUUUUCUGGCUGGGGCUUAAACCCAUGACCUUUUGCUUGACAGACUGGUGCUUAUCCAAUUGAGCUAAAAUUAAUAGGUGGAAGUUGGUUAGAUCUUCAAAUCUUUAGCAGUUACAGAACAAUGAAACCUAACAAAACAUGCCACAAGGACUUAUUCCCUGUAAAGUUACAUCAGUGCACUUACUGCCCAGGGGACAUGAGAUCACAGUGAAUGAGAUUUGGUUUUUCUCAUGGAUUUGAAAUUAUUUGCUUACUUUAAUCCUCAGCUUCUCUUCACUCCCAGCUUGGUAGCAAUGAAGACAGAACUACAGAAGAGGUUUUAAGAAAUAAUUUGAUCUUUGCUUUUAGUGUAAUAUAAUGGUUCUAUCUUUUUCUAUUUAUUUUGAUGAUAAUAUCACUGAUUAAAUUAGAGUGUUUUGGUUCUGUAUGUUGUAAGUGAGCACUUCUUUUUCAGUUGUUCACUGCACUAACGUUUUAGUUCAUUGCAAUACAUUCAAAUCUUAUAAUUUUACCUUUGCUUGUGUUUUCAUUCUAAAGGGAAUGAAAGUGGCUUGUACCCACUUCCAAUCUGCUGCUGGCAUUUUUCAAUUUCUCAAGGUAACACAAGGUUACAGCGUGUAUUUUGGUGCUUGAUAAUUAUCCUUUUCAUUCUAAGAGUAAAGUGUCUUUUUGAGAUGGCUCUAACAUUUGAGUCUGUGAAUGAAACCGUAUUAUGUGGCCAUUCAAAUGAAAGCUACUGAGCAGUACUUUCCUGUGGUACUGUUUAUUAUGCCAUACAAGGUGGUUCUACCUUUUGAGUCUGUGGGUGAAAUCCUAAAGUGUGACCAUUCAAAUGAAAGCAACUGAGCAGCACUUUCCUCUGGUACUGUUUAUUAUGCUGUACAAGGUGGUUCUAACUUUUGAGUCUGUGGAUGAAAUGCUGUGGUGUGACCAUUCAAAUGAAACUUCUUCAGCAUUACUUUCACAAUGUCCUGUUUGUUUUUCAGCAUUUUACAAAGAGAAAUUUGGAAUUUUUGUUGAAUUUUGACUUUGGCCACUCCUGGAAGUGAAAGGGUUACCCCCUUUUUCUCAACUCACAACUCAACUACCCUCUAAACCCUUAGAGAUAUUGUUCAAUAUUAGUAUCCAUCAUCAUCUUGUUCUAUGAAAAUUCAAAUCUAAUGUACAGUGACCAUAACUGAAAUAGUAAUGGAUAGAUUAGUGGAUUGAUAUUGGUGUCAAACCAUAUGUACGACCUAUGCUUCCUACACGAUGUCUUGAUGAAUCUACUUAAAAUCAUUUUGUUUGUGUAAUAUUGCAACCAUUUACAGUAAUCACAGUCAAUCCAUGUAAAGUUGUUUAAUUAUUAAGAUAUUGAGCACAACUUUUAUCGUUGUUGUAUUUUCAGGCCGGUUCUUUCUGUAAAGUUGAACAUUUUAUUGUAAGUUCAUUGACAGUUUAAUUUUUUUUGUCAUUUUUGUGUGUGCAUUAUUUCAUAUAUUAUGACCAGUUCCAGUGAAUAGCAUUGUCAUAAUCUCCAUUUACAAUUUGAGUGGCAGUGCUGUAAAUUAACCUUAUUUAUAAUCUUGAGCCCUAAAACAAAAUAUUGAAGGGAGCUGGUGAAUAAGCUGUAAAUGGAGGGGUGUACUUGGAAUGAGGCUUCGAGCGAGUCAUGACCUAAUAAGAAAUUCUUUCUUAGAUUCGCAAACAUACACAAGGCAAACUGGAAGGAGAAUUUAAUGAUUUAUCAUAUUUUAAUUGGGGCUUUAUUCGAGGUAUCCUUAAGCUUCUUCAGAAAAUUUCCUGUCAGUUUUUUUAUUCUUCAACUGAUCCUCGAAUAAGAUUUUUAUUAUUUUAGCCAUAAAAUAUGGAACCAAAGCUCAGCUCAUUCCUGUAAACACUGGUAAAAGUUUCUCCCAUACAUAAUAUUAUUUAUAAUCUUUUAAAAGUUAAUUAUUUAUUUAGCAAAAAUAUUUCUCUCUAGGAUCAUUUUGCUAGUGAUGCAUUUUUUGACAUGGCUGGUGGUCUUCUACAGCUGUACACUAAUGUUAUGCUGGUAAGCUGAUUAAAAAUUCUUUUUUUUUUUCGUGAUUGCAAAAAAUCACAAAACUAAAAUGUUGAGCACUUUUUAUGCUCGUCUUGAAAUUCUAAUGGUUGCAGCUAAGUGCCGUUAACUUCUGUUUGAUUUUGUAGGGUCAAGCUCAGGAAUGUUUACUGGAGAAGUCCAUUUUAGAUUCCCGCAAGGACUCACUUGUUGCUAGAAUCAGUAUGCAGGUACAUAUUUUUGAUCAUCUGUUUUAAUUUGUUAUCAAAGAGUACAAAAAAUCAAAGAUAUGCAACUACAAAACAGAGCAUUUUGUUUAAUAUACACGCCUUAAAUAGUGUAUACUGCUCGAAUGUUAGUAAUGUUGACAGUCAAUAUGUCUUGAUUCUCAAGACUUGAGACUUGAUUCUCUACUCUCAAAACUUUCAAGUUUUGAGUCUCAAAAUAUCUUGAGAACUGAAAUACUAGUUUUGAGUUUCAAGCUUAAUUAGUAGUAAUAAUAUCAUUAAUCAACAGUCAUAUGUUUUCACAGGUUUAUGAAUAUUACAACCAGGCUUUACAGUUUCUUGAUUCUCAAGGCCCAUCAUACAUGGGGUCCAGGAAAGCCAAGGUGAGGAAUGAUCACCGCAAAGCGAUAUGUAUUGAACUGCAAAUUAGUGCUGCCAGCUUGUGCUUGGUUCACCUGAAUACAAGCCAGCUGCUAUGAGACAAUUCAUUGAAUUCAUCAGAAUCUAAAUGUACAUACCUUCCAUAUAAAAUAUGCAAUCUUCACAUUUUGUUCGCAACUGAAUGCGCAAGAUUCUGGUAUCAGUACACGCAUUUGAUUAUGUACUUGGUGAGUCCAAUCAGCCGUAUCAAUGUAUAACAGAUGUGUACAUGGUCCCCUGGGUUGUGUGUCUAACAUUCAGUGUCCCAAAUGACUGUGGAUUAAGAUUCCUAUGGUCAAAAUGUUAUGUGGCCUACUGUCACCAUAAAACAUUUUAGUCAAGGGUUAUUCUUGUUCUCACACACUGCUGCAAGCCACAUGAAGCUGACCACAGCAACAAAAAAACAGUUUUCACUAACCAGUAUUUCGUUCCACUCGCCCAUAGCCUGAUUCUCAGACAUCCAAGGUCAUUUGUGGCCUUUUUGCUUUUGCGAAGGGCCCACAAAAGACCUUGGACAUCUGAGAAUCAUCCAUAAAAUAAUCACCCUUUUUGUGGCAUCUUAUUUAAACAAGUUGUACUCUUAGCAGCCUAUAUCUAAUUUUAUAGCUGAUAUUAAUUUUAUUUGAUAGUUAAUAUUAAUACAUUAUACAAUUUUAUCAUUUUAGCUUUGGGCAAAGAGUCUGAAAAUCAAGUGUUGUCAGUACCUUGCGGUAGCAUAUGUAAGUAUAAUCAAAACCUGCAGUCAUUAGCCCCUGUGUAGAGAGAUACUGUUUUCUGGAGCUCUUGGUAUUCCAUACAAGGAUCACUUAAAUCAAUCUGAUAUAUACAAUGACAAUGUUUAACCAAGGAAAGUACUUAAAUUUUCUUGCAGAUAUACAUGUCAAACAAUGCAGAUGAAAAUCAAAAGUUUGGUGAAAAGGUAAACACGUAACAAUUUUUUAUGUAAUAUUAUUUAAUCAGUAUGUACUUCUUCAUUCAUUGUCUGGUUAAACCUCGGCUAAUUGGCUCCUCAUACACAUAUGUCCAGAAAUGCAAAUCCGACCUUGGGUACCCCAUAUUAGACACGACUCUUAUUACUAUUGGUUAGUUCCUUAUGACUCUAUGUUUGACAGAUUUGCUUGUGUUUAGGUGAGGAUUAGUCCUAGGGGACACUUUGCAAUGUUUAUCAUAAAAAGCGUGAUUCUCAUAAGCACAUUUUCUGGAAAUAACUCUCCACACAACAGCCAUUUCUGUAACAGCCAACUCCACUUAAUGACAAGAGCCUGCUCCUCAUUUUCCCAGGGAGGCAAUGGCUAUGCCACUUUGUUAAAACUGGCCUCCAAUGACUGCAAUACUUUCAAUGCUCCAUACCAGUAAUAAAAGCCAUUCUGCAAUGGGUCCGCCAAACCUUACCCUGUGAGCAGAGGUUUCUCUCUUGCAUGGCUUUUAGCGUUUACAACGUCGUUCGUGUGGCUUGUCUUUCAUGUGGUUGGCUAGUUUAUGCCCCGUGAGGGUGCAUAAAACAAACCAACUAUGCGACUGACAAGCGAUGCAAACGACUUCAUUAAAGCUAAAAGCUAUGCAAGAGAAAAAACCUCUGCUCGAAGAGUAACCAAAGCUGUUUUCAUGAAAAUUACCAGUAAUCACUCUCUUUUCUCUAGGUGACAUACUUAAAAGCUGCAUCACAAAAGAUAACAGAAGCUCAAAAGGCAUCCAAGGUACCCAGGUUUUUGCUCUUGUCUUUAUUCUAGAUUUUUAGUUUAAAAAAAAGGUUCUCAUAAUUAUUAUAAUGUGUAUGGGAAAAAGCACACUGAAAAUAUAGGCCAAAGAUUACUGAACUUUCUGGAAUUUGGGUUAGAGGAACUAGAGCACCAGAUGGAAAGCAAAUCGAAAAAUUGACCAUUGAUCCUACAUAAUAUUGAAUCCUGAGAUUACAGCUGAAACUAAUCUUACCAGACACCAAAAUACAUAUCAUGGAGUGCCACCCCAAUUCCCACCUCCCACCCAAUUCAAGUUGGGAUAAAGUAAAUUCACUUUUGCUGAGUUUUAAAGCAAAGCUGUUACAGUUACCAGCCAUCUUGUGUGUUUCGCUGCACAUUGCAUUACAUUGUAUUGGUUGUUUAGUUGUUGGUUUUUCUUUACCUAAAGGGCCAGCCUGAAAGAACACUGGAGUUGUUGCAGUUUCUUAUUGAUGUUGUAAGCAACAAGUGAGUCUUCAAUGCUAUUUCUACAGACUGUCCAGGGCUUAUUGCACCUAUACUUUGUCCUUUUGACUCAGUGGUCAUUAUUAGCUCCAAACUGGUUUUAAAAUAAGCUCUUUUCGACUUUUUAUUUUGUUGUCUAUACCUUUCACAUACCUUUCACUCUCUGGUAUAUUACUAAUAAUUACAAAAAAUGAAUAACAGGAUAAUGCAGUUGUAGAGCUCUGAUUGGCUUCGCCAUCAUGUUAUUUGAGUCAUUAUACCUAUGCUCUCCAAAUAUGGUAACUGCACGUAUCUGCUCAAAAUUUUAUUGGUUCUUUUUUACAAAUAAAGUCGGCACUUGUAUUAAUUGUUAAAUAUCAUGACCCAUCAUUUGUAGAUUGCAAGGUGCUGUUAAGGACAACGAUUUCAUUUACCAUGAAGUUAUUCCAAUAACUCACGCUUGUUCGAUAUGAGAUGAUUCUAGCCAACUUGGCACUACGCGCCUCGUUGGCUAUCUACCAUCUCAUAUCCAACAUGCACUCAUGGAAUAACUGUUAAAUAUAAUGUGACCCAUUGUUUGUAGGUUGCAAGGUGCUGUGAAGGACAAUGAUUUCAUUUACCAUGAAGCUGUACCUGAACUGGACAGUUUGCCAGAAAUAAAAGGUAUGCAAUAAUAAUGUUACUAUGGUUACUCUCGGCAGUGUUAAUUAUGGCACAAAGGCUAGUGAUGUUGGACACAUGCAUGAAGCAAUGAUUAGUCAGGCCUCAAAGCACUGGGCUCAUCAUUUUCUAGCUUGACCUUUUCCAGAUUCCAGUGCAAGUCACAGACUUUGUUUUUAGAGAUCCCCAUUGUCCUUUUCUAAGAGACACCUUUUGACAUACAGUGUAGAACCACUCAAUACUACCGCUCGAAAAACAAAACUUAUAUUCCAGCUUGGGCAAGCAGCAUCUUACUUCAUGAUUUUGUUUGUCAUAGUUAAUAAUUGGAGGUGACCCGUGGGAGGUUGCUAUGGUUACCCCUUUAGUUGCAAAAAUUUCCCACAAUCACUUGCUUAUUGCCUGCAUUGCUCAUUUGUAUUUUGAAUAUGGCCUAUCACCAAGUUAAUGUUAGAGGAUGGGUUGAUGAGACCCUUGCCCAUUGGGCAAGUUCACUUUAAAAGUUACUUGCCCAGCAAGAAGAAUCUACUUGUCCCGUACUACCAGAUGGGACCUUUUUCUUCCUGAAUACAUUAAUAAACUUGUGUCACUUCUAAUUUUCUUUUUUAUGACAGCCGCACCUCUAGUAAAACCAAUCCCAUUCCAGCCAUUUGACUCCUCAGUCUCCGGACCUGACAUUUUUCAGAGACUAAUUCCAAUGGGUGCACACACAGAUUCCUCUCUGUACAGGUUAGAAGUCUGGACUCAUUCUUUUAGUACCAGUUUCUGGCUUUUUUUCUAGGGACCAUGAAGUCAUGCUUGUUUUAAUUUUUAACAAUUUAUUUAUUAUUGGUUGCUGUUUUUGUGAUAUCCAAAAUAAUCAAGGUAAGUGUUAUUAGCGGAGGCUGGUAACAUUUAUCGAGACCUUGAUUGUUUCAGAGUCACAAAAACCAAAUCCAAUCACUUUUUUAUUACACAUCAUUUUGAAGAAAACAAUGUCAAAUACUUCGUUGCAUGGAACACGGCUUGCUCUUGGAAAUCAUUCAUUGUGAUUGCAACCUACCGCUUAGUCAGUUAUGUGCUAGCAGAUUACUAACUAAUCUGCAGGUUUUGCUGAUUUCCAGAAAUAACUGUAGGCUCUUAACUAAUAAGUAGAGAGAUUGUGAGUACAAUGUAUAAUAUUAUUAGACUGGUAACCAGGCCGCUGCCCAUUUAGGAUAAGCACUGGUCUGCUGAGCGGUAGGUCACGGGUUCAAACCCCUGCUGGACUAACACUCAGGGUUUUAAAAUGGGGUAACUGCCAAAAACGUGCUGCCUUUGUUGUUACGUCUUCAAAUGGUUAGACAUUCUAGUCUUCUGGGAUAAGGUCAAAAAACGGUAGGCACCGUCUCACAGCUCUUUCACUGUUCUGAUUCUUGUAUGAUGUAAAAGAACCCGCACUGCUAUUCAUAAAAAGUAGGGGGAGGAGACCCUGGUGGUGUGGUACAACCUUUCAUGGGUUGGGUGGGUAAUGAAGGGGUUAAUAUCAAUUGGAAUGUUAGCCCUGUUUCAUCCCCUGUCACCUUGUUGAGUCACCGUGGUGAAUUCAAUAAAGUAAUAAUAAUUAUUAUUAUUUGGCCGUCAUUAAAGUUUUUGAUGCAAAACCUCACCCAGUGGACUUUUCUUAUUUCUCAGUGAAGAAAAAGCAAAGCUACUUAGGAGAUAUGUUGGUUCUAUUGAGCAGAAAAAUCAGCUGUUGAGGUGAGCGAUUGAUGGUGUGUUCUGGAUUACAUGUACCCAGUUAAAAUCCACUCUCAGGAAAAACCAAUUUUUUUUCGCUCCUAAGAGUAAGUAGGUUAGGAAACAAAGGAAAUUCUGAAUCAAACUAGGUUGAAUACUGGUUUAACCUGAGCUUGAUUUUACCUACAGCAUACACACAUGAUAAUUUGUUUGGACAAAUGGUUUGAUAAUCUUAACAGAAAGUGCUUAAAAGUGACAUACAAUAAAGACUAUGACUGUUCUAUUUUUUCAUUACCAUCUAGCAAAGAAUUGAGUGAUUUACACAUUGAUGACUUGCUGGAACCAGAAGGAUAUGACACUCUUCCAGGUUUGUUUCUGUCCUACUUGUGUAUGUAUACCGCAAAGGCCCUUUCCACUCAAAAGGGCGAUUAGGAAUGUUAGGAGAAAGCUUACAAACUUUUGGAAGAGGGCCACGACUCUUUCACAAAAAUGAUAAAAAUACUUUGUCAGAGUAGUGAUUUUGUUAACAUAUUUUGACGAUAUUGAUUAACUUUUCAAAGACCGCUAAUGUGAAGGAAAUGAUGGAGAAAAAUAAAUACCGGAAAUCCUCUAUUAACCUCCUUCCUCCCACCCCAUGAAGGGGCUUAUUUGUUUCAAGCAUGUUUGAGAAGAUGCUUAUUUAAUUUAGCAAAGAUGAUAGUAUCAAUUCUUUGUGAAAACUAGGAUGCAAGCUCAGCUACAAGAAGUUGGAGGUCAUACUGCAGAAGAUCCAAAACAAAUCCGAACUUCCAGCACACUACUUAAUCAUACCAGAUCAGUCCACAUGAAGUGUUUCAUUUGUGAUUGAUUAAUAAAGUAUAUCAUUUAAAAAUGAAAGGGGAGGGGAAGCGGCUACUUAAAAGAGAGUGGGAGCUCUGCUUAAUAACUUUCUUCCUUAGAAAAGGGGGAUUACUUAAGAGCGGGGCUUAACAGAGGAUUUAUGGUAGCCUUGGUUUUUAAACACUUUCUCCUCAUAAGUAUAACAAAUAAUAUGAAGAACAGCACUUGCAGAGAAUACAACCUGUUGGCAGAUAAGAGGGAAAGCUUCCUUUCUGUCUUUGUGUACUCCACUGAUUUUGUUUGUGUAACAAUGUUCUUUUCCAGCUGGUAUCGUACAGAAAAGGAAUUCUCUCGUAAAUGAUGGAACUUUGAAAGAUGUUGAAAGCAAUGUAGAAGGUGGGUUUGCAACCUCAUUCCCAGGCUCCCCUCUCUCUUGUUCCCUGGGACAAGAGAGAGGCCUGGGAAUGAAGUUAGGUGGGUUUGUUACAACUUGACAGUCAUUAGUAGCUGUACUACCAAAGAAAACUAAAUUUACUUUACAACUGGUGUUGUUAUUCAUAGAGCUUACAAAGGUUGGCACAAGGGUGGAAGAAAUAGUGGCUUCUCUUACAACAAUACUUGAAGAAGACAAGAAAAGAGAAAAAGAAAUACAGGUUUGAUAAAGAAUUUUAAAAAAACCAGAACACAUUUUAUUUUCCCAUAAUCAUGGUUUAAUUUUCAAUAGAGCAAAAAUGCGACUUUCACAAAACAAUGCCCUAAUCAGGGACUUUGUUACCUCUGCAUUCUGCAUCCCUGACACAUAAAAAUCCCCAAAGAUGCAAAAUAAUUCAUGAAAUGCGUUCCGUAGGAUGCAAAGAACAAUCAACCAAUUUGAAGAUUUUUUGGUAGAAUAUCCUGACUGUGUGAUUUCUGUGGUUGCUGUCUAAAUAUGCAUAUUCUCUUUUGUGCUUUGAAUAUAUAGAAAGACUAUAUUUUAAUUUCAGUAAACUGUAAUAAAGAGUUUUGGCGUCUGUCUCCAGAUUAACUCUCUGAUUACAUAAAGGCGCGAGCAUUUUCAAUUUAGGACUCAUUGGUUCUGGGCAGGGACUCAUGAUUUUUCACAAGAGGAGUCUCAGGACUCAGCAUAACUACAGUCAACUCUUUCUAAGGCGGACACCUUUGGGACCGGUACUAAGUGUCCAUCUUAGAGGGAUGUCCGUCUUAUAAAGAGUGAAAUAAAAGGAGUAAAGAAAGGCAGGGACCAACUCUAGGUGUCCGUUUUACAGAGGUGUCCGUUAAGAGAGAGUCGACUUUAUUUGUAAAAAAGUCACUGCCUAAUAUUUACAGGCUCUUCCUUACCCAGGUAAAUUCUCUUAACUUUUUUUUCCUGCUUUUAAACUCGUGGACGAAAUCCUAUGUACUUGCUAUUCAAAUGAAACCUCUCUGACCGCACUUUUGCACAGUACUAUUUAUUUCUUACAAUUUUGCGAAACGAAAUUUGAAUUUUUUGGUCUGCAUUUCACUCUUCGGCCGAUAAUAAGAGUGAAAGGGUUCAUGUUAUGUUUUUUAAUUGUUUUUGUGUAGGAAUUAGUUCCUUCCAUCACCCCUCCUCCAGAGAGGGAAGAAUUUGAAAAGGAGCUUGAACAGUGUCGAGAAACACACAAGAAAGCAGUAAGUCAAAUAUUAACCCUUUAAGUCACAAUAUCAACAUAAAAAUUCUCCAAACUGAUCUCCAUACAUGUCCUUUAAGAAUUAGUUGAGAGCAUUUAAUAACAGAUCAAGGCAUUUUCUCUUUGGCGAUCAUUUGUUAAUUCUCAUAACCCUAUCUCUUGACAAAGUAUGGAUAUUGUUAGGGGAAAAUUGAUGUUGGUCACUAUUGGAACUUAAAGGGUUAAUGCUGAUUAUUUCUAAGUUGUUCUAUCAGUCAAGUCUGUGUACAAAAUCCUGUCUAUCUCUGGACGUGGACACCGCCCCACUCCCCAUUCAUCCUCAACCUUAUUUCCCAACUUUUAAGUAACUGCCAGGCAUGUUAAGCUAAUCGCAAAAUCUUUGAAAGGAUGAAAGUCAGUUCAAUUUUUCAGUAACAUUUUCAUUGGCGUCACCAUCAUCAGAUUGUAAGGUCUGUAGUGUUUCUUAAGACGAUUUGACUAUAUUUUCUUGCAGAUGCAGACAAACACAGAACUGGUGAAGGUUUUCCAGGAACACAAGCACAACCUGGACUUGUUAGUAGGACCGUCUGAGGGACUGCUCGCUGCCCUGCCUUCCUUGAAUAUCAUAGACAGUAAGUUAACUGCACCCUGCGAUUUUCCAAUUGUAGAUAUUGUAAAACGCUGAAAACAUGUAGCACCAUGUGAAAUUACUACCAAAGAGAUUUCAUGUGACUGGUCAGACCAUAGGAUUUUGUCCACAGAUUCAAAAGUUAGAAUCACCUCACAAGCAUCCUUCAUUCAUAACACAUUGAUUUACUCCCAUUUUCAUUUUUGGGCACCUGGAAGAGGAUUCUAUCUUUUGAGUCUGUGGAGAAAACUCUAUGAUGUGACCAUUUAAAUGAUACCUUCACUUAGUCCUCUUUGUUUUCAAUAUUAUUGUUAUUAUUAUUAUUAUUAUUAUUAUUAUUAUUAAAGGGUAUAGUCAGGUACUUUAGGGUAGAGUGGGUUGGGAAUGGGAGGUAGAGUGACUCAGCAUGAGAGAGAGUAAGAGCUACCCUCCCCUCCCACCCUUGAUCACAGCAGAGCUUGUACACAGUCUUGGUGGGUUGUUUUUAUUACUUUUAUUGGGUGCUGAUGGCAUGUUAAGGAAGAAUAUUAUUACUCAAGAACAUCAGGUUGAACCCGUACUUAGGCACAAUGAAAAAUGAGAAUUAAUGAGGGCACUGUCUUAGCUCUGCAAAGGGCCAGGUCUUUUGCAUGGCUUAUUAACUUCGUGAAUUGUUUCUUGUAAUGUUGUACACUGAAGUACUAAACUUUGUCAUUAUUGUUAAUUCGUUUCUUUAGCUCCCAUUGAUGAUGGUGCUGUGCAGCGUCUUAGGGACCUCAUAGUAAGCUUAUGAUCAAAAACUUUUAAUUGUUUAUUUUUUGUUUUUUCUCUGAGUGCAAAGAUGAACCAAUAGGAUGAAAAAACAUUAUUUUGAUUUAUUAUUUUGUUUUUAUUUCCAGUCUAAAGUUGAGCUAAUGAAGUCACAGAGGAAGCAACUGGAAGCAGAUUUAAGGAAGCAGGUUAGCCUUGCUCAAAUUGUCAGAAUAUAAAGGUUAAAUUCCUGGAGUUGGAUUUUUAAGGACUGCAUCCAAGUUCAAAAAGACAAAGGAAAAUUCGUUCUCGUAUACAUGUUCACAUACUCCAUAAAACUUCCCACUGUGCUAUGGAUGUCAAAGAAAUGUGAUGCGUGUGUCAGAACAAAAUCGUUGUUUUGCUCAUAAAACCAAUUGUUUGUUGACGUUGUUGUCGCCUUUAUCGUUGUGGUUGUUAGCUCUCUCUUGUGAUCUGAAUGAAGUCAGAGAUAUGUCCAUGAACAUUGUUUUGUUUUUGUCAGGGUUAUACAUAAACCAGCCAAGAAAUGAACGCAUUUAACGCCUUUUUUGUUAAUCUUUCUAGUUGGAAGAGGAUGACAUUACACAGCUACUUGUGACAAGAGAAGGGAACAAAACGGUAUAUUUCUUAGUUGUUCUAGUUAAAGUCGAACCUCCAUGUGCGACCACCUCCCAUAAGCGACCUCUUAUCCAAAACACCAAACAUUUUCCAGUAAAAGCCCUACUGAGCGAGCACGAUCACUCUUUGGGGCUGAAGGAUUUAGAAUUGUUUUUGACCUUUUAUAAGCGACUACUUGACACAUGGUCUGAUCUCUAUGUUCUCUGUACUGAUGUGCAAUGCCUGUCGGAGUAGAAGAACUACUAGUGACUACAUGGAACUGUACAUAUCAUAACUUAGAUAAUGUAUGUAACAAAUUAUCUUCUACAAAGUAUAUUAGUGCGGACCACUUCUCGGAAAAGACCCUCUGUGGUUCGAUUCUGGUAAGCAACCACUUUCUGUAAACGACCACUAAGUCUUCACAUUUUCAGUGGUCUCAUACGGGAGGUUUGACGUACUAAAGCCAUCCCACAGCUUUUUGGGAAUGAAAAGUUGUCUUGGACCUGUCCUGUUAUCAGAACUAUGGAAAUCAUGUAACUCGUGGUAACCGGUAUCAAAAUAUUUGGCACUAGUUUUAUUUUGACUUAAGUAGGAGGAAUCUGACAGACUACUAACAAGUCUAGAUUUGAUGCAGUAAUGAUAUCAUUAAAGGUUUAUAGUCAGUUGCACUUAUUAACACUGUUGUGUGAUUAUUUUUCAGCUUUUUUUUGAAGAACAACUUAAAAAGCAUGACGCAACUUGUGACCUGAUUCAGAAAAACUUAGAUGCUCAGAGCAAAAUAUUAAAGUGGGUGACAAUGACUUAAAUACCUUGUCAUUACUCUGAGUUGUUUUUUUUUUUGUAAGCAAUUGUGCAUGCAUGUUAACUUUCAUUCACCAAUUUAUAGUUUUCCAAGAUUUGUGAUUACUAUUUAUGUUGUGUUCAUAAAUGCAAGGGUCUUUUUUCCAUUGAAUCUUUAUUCUGCCGUGCAAAUGAUGAAUUUCAAAUAUUCUCUUUUAUGCGGUUAUUAGGUAUCAGGUCGUUUUGCCCGAAGGUCGGUUCGCGCGAUAGCAGUUCACCCAGACUAAGUCAGUUCGCCCGAAGCGUAUUUGUCGUUCUUUAAGCCUGAAAAAAGGUAAUAAGCAUGGAAAGACUGUGGCCGCACGUGUUGAAUCCAAGGGUAACUAAAAUAACCUCUCGAAAGGUAUGUUCGCCAUGUUGUAGAGUGUUGUAUGUCAUCGUGCGAAUCGACUAAUGUCCUGGGGAAUGCCUUUGGGCGAAUCGAUUUUCGGGCGAAAUGACCGCAAUUCAUUCAUAAUGGGUUUAUUACGAAUCCAGAGAGUGGCCAACACCUAAGGUGCCUCCAUUAUGCCAAACCGACUGGUCAUAAAUCAGAGGAACUAACCAAAGAAAUAGAACGGUAUUGUUCGAUUGAGGCAAAGUUUUCAAGAAGAUCGAAGCGUUCCAUUUACGUUUUAACCAAAAUUUUAAUUACAUCUCAGCGAACUGGCACUGCAAACGAGAUUUUUGCAAAGGUAACGGUAAUUUUAGGUCGGACCACACCAACCGGUCAAAGACGGCCAGCUCUGCAGGUGGACCACUUUGACCGGAAAAUUUCAAUGCGGAAAUGGAAAGCGUUCCAUUUAUUUCUCGACCGAAUUAUCCGAAAAUUUUGGCAUAAUGGAAAACAUCCCUAGUUAGGUACUUGUUCUUUGCCCCUCAUAAGGAAGUCUUCACAUUUUCUCCUAGAGCAUUGACGGAGGCAAAUGCUAAAUAUGCACCCACAAGACAAGCUGUGAAGGAAACUGCACAAAGGUGAGUAAUUUACCACUAGCCGAAUCUGCCAUUGCAGAUUUUUCGUGGUAAUGUGGGAAGCUAUUAGAUUGCCUGUAGGUAUUGUUUCGGUGCUUUUAAUGUUUUAUAUUUCGUCCUUUGGUGAUUACACAUUCCUCAAUACUAGGACUGACAAACGCCAUUACUGACCUCCAAAAAAGACAUCCUUUUCUAGUGCAAUGUAUACUUAGGAUCCCUGCAAUUUUCUUCUGUCUCUACCUUCUUUGAAAACCACUCACUGACAUGAGAGGGAAAUGAGGUAACUACAGCCUACAUACAUACUUAUUUGGAGUAAUCAUUUGUGACUUCACUUGAAAGAACAUUGUAUUUGUUACAUGUCAAAUUUGAUCUCAGGUUAAUUUUGAUUUAACCUAGGUUGAUUCUCGAUUGCGCUUGUCCUCUAGCCAUAGUAGACAAAGGAAUUCAAGAAUCAACCCAGGUUAAAAAUUUUUAACCUGAGAAUACAUUUGACCUGUAACAUAUCCAAGUGUCAGUGUAUUUAGCACGAAAGUACUAAUUGAGGUCGGAUGCCUUAUUAGUCAAAGGCCGCAAAAUGUCACUUCUUGCUGUCUGACAAAGCGUUGUUAUUUUCAUUUUCCAGACGAGAUGAUGCCGUACAGACGUUUGUUUUAUCUCAUGAUACGUUUUUUGGACUGAAAGAAAAAUUAAGGUAAGUAUUAACUUUUUAUGACAGGUAAUUGGAGCCGAAACUUAGCAGUAAUGGCCGUCUAGUCUAAAACAUUCUGACUCAAUGCUUGCACGAUUUGUGUCUUUCUUUGCAUGGGUCAGCCGUGGACUGCGAUUCUAUCAGAGCCUGGAAAAGACAGUAUUGAAACUUGAAGAGAAACUCAAAGAAUUUGCUGAAAAGCGAAAGAAGGAAAUGGAUAAGAUUGAAGAGAAGGAGAAACGACUCAAAGGUGACAUGCAAAUGCGUAAACUUUAGUGUUAAAUUUUUCUCCAUAUUUUUGUUUUCUUUUUUGUUUGUUUAGCGUUCGUUUACUAGUAUUUCUGUGGAACUUCGAUAUAACGAACCUCUAUAUAAAGAAGUCCUCGGUAUAACGAACGAUUUUCUUUACCCCAGUAAUAGUCAAAUGCAUGGAAAAGAACCUUGAUAUAACGAUACCUCGUUAUAGUGAACAUAUUUCGCAAGUCCCUUGGCCCUUCGUUAUAUCGAGGUUCCAUUGUAUAUGAGUAGAAUCAACAAAUGCAUUGAAUGAAAGUUAAUGAUUACAGUUAUAAUGUUCUUGUAUCCCUUGAAAACAACAGAGGUGGUGUCUGUGGACAAUUAACUAAAUGCCUGUCCUUUGCUUAUCUACAGAGAAAGCCAAGGUACCACCUGCACGACCCGGGGCUGAAAAACCAAGUCACCUAAUUAACCCACCAGGAUCCGGUGUACCUCGUCCAAUGGCCACACAGUAUCUUGGGGGACCAGGGAUACCUCACCCAGGCAUGAGACCAGGCACCCUCCCGCCUACUUCACAUGGAGUACCUUUGCAGCCUAGAAUUCCUGGAGCAGCAUUUCCACCCAGAUCUUUUCCUGGAGCCAACUCUCCCCGUCCAGCAGAUCCGAGGAUCUACCAACCCGGUUCUCAAGGAGUCUCUCCUAGACUACCUGUCCCUUCCGGUGAACAAAGGAUGCAAGUACCCCAGCCUGGAGUUCCACUGCAGCAUCAGCAGAAUUUUCCAGAACAAAGGGUCCCUCAGGCACCGAACUCACCAGCUACUGGGCCACCUGUUCGUCCUACCAUCCCUUCUCAACCUGGAGUUCCGUUCUCUCAGAUGGGUCCCAGAGGGCCUGCACCUGCUGAGCAUCUUAUUCAUUCCACACCAAGGAUGUCUUACCCGGUACCACUGACUCCCUCCUUUUCGCCAGGAGGCGCACAAGGAGUUCAACCCGGUGGGCCAGGGGGGCCUUACCAAGUGCCUCACCCUUCUGGGCAGCAACCCCGUCCACAGCUGGCACCUGGACAGGUACCGGGACCUGGAAGUGCUCCAGGUCUUCCAUCUUAUGAUCUAGCUAAACGUAUGCCCGGAACUCAGCCCUCUAUACAACAACCACCUCCACAAAACUGGCCACAAGGGCAAUAUCCCGCCACAUCACAACAGCAAGCAGGAGGCCAUCCGUCAGGUAUCACUCCUCAACAGCAGUUUCAGGCCCCAAGGGGGCCAUAUCCUACGUCACAACCUCCGCAUAUUAGUCCGGCUGGGUCACCUCAGGUGUUUUCGCAGCAAAUUCCUACGAGUCAAAUGUCUCAACCUUUGCAGCCUGCAACCAGUCAGUACCAGCCAAAGAACUGGCCAACUCAGCCAUUUCACUUUCCAAAACUGGCUCAACAACCUAUGCAGCCCCAGCAACAGUUUCAACAAAUACAGCAGCCUUAUCAGAGACAACAACAGCCACCUCAUCAACUCCAGCUGCAACCACAACCUCUUCACCCUCAGCAGCAGGCAUCUGUCAAUCCCCAGCAGCAACAACCUGCCCGUCCUCCUCCACAGCAGCAACAGCAACCACCCCAUCCCCAACAGCAAUUCCAGCAACCGCAGUUUCCACCACCUCUUCAGCCUCAAAAAGUACCACCUCCUCCAUCUCAUAUGCAACAGCAGUUUCAGCACGGGCCACCAUCUCAACCACAACAGAAGCCCCAGCAACCUCCUUAUUUCCAGCAACAACAGCAUCCAUCGCAACCUCCACAGCAGUCACAACAGCCCAUGCAGCAGUUUCAACAACCCGUUCAGAUGAAUCGACAAUUUAAUCAGCCUCAGCAACAAAUUCAACAUUCUAGAGAACCACUCAAACCGACUCAGGUCCCACAGCCAAAACAGCAACAACAACAGCAACAGUUUCAGCCACCAUUACCGCCCCAGCUCAGUUACCAACAACAGUUGCAACCAAUGCAACCUCAAACGACUCAGCAACAAUCGUACAAACCACCUCUGCAACCACAGCCUCUUUCUAUGCAGAAACCUUUGCCAGACUAUCAAAUUCCAGCUGAUCGUCUUCCCCAACAGGCAUUCCAACCUGGGAAAACACCACCACAAAAUGCACAAGGUUCCCUUGGUCCUCAGAUGCCUCAACAAAUUAGUCAGGUACCAGAACUGCCUCCUAAGGGUCGGUCCCAGAUGAGUCAGAUCCCUGGUUCAACCUCGUGGCCGCAUCAAAGCUCUAAUCUUUCUUCACAGCCACCACAGAUGGGAUAUCCUAGUCAGAAGUCAUAUGCAGGCUAUAGUCAGAGUCAACAGCCAUCACAGACCAGCAAUACUUCAUCACAGUUAGGGUAUCCAAUGGUACCUGAGAAAAAACGUUCUCAGGCUGAUCCCCCUUCGUCAAAGCCUCCUCAGGAAGGAUUCCCAUCUCAGCAUCCAGGAAGUUUACAACCCGCUCCGCCUUCCUCGCUCCAGAGUUGGGGGUACCCCCAAGCGUCACAGCCCUUGCCUUCAACUGGAGCUUCCCAUGGCAAUCAGUUCUCACGUCAAGAUUCAAAAGAACCACAGCGUUUAGGAAGAAACCAAAUGCUUAGUCCUCAGAAGUCACUGCCUUACGAGCAGAGACCCGUAGAUCAGGGAUGGGCCCCAUCUGCUGGUGUUCAACGACCUCCACCUCCAAACCAGGCAGCAUAUUCACCAGUUAUUGCUCGACAGAAUUCUGCUGAUUAUGGUAAAGACAGUCAGUACCAAGGGCAAACUAGAGGUCGUGUUGGAUCAUACCCUCCGUACACUGGGAUUGUAACUAAACCUCCUUCCUCACCAGCUGGAGGCAACCCACCUUAUAGCUAUAGUGCAGUAUCCGUGACACUUCCUUUGGUUCAAGGGGUCAGGCCCAGCCCUACCAGCCUGCCACCUUCUUCAGCCUAUGCUACUAGUUACUCGGUAUCAGUAGCUCAAGCGCAGUUGAACCAGCAGCAGCAAAUGCAGCAGCUGCAGACUCAGAUGCUUCUGCAACAGCAGCAGCUUAUCUUACAGCAACAGGAGCUCCUGCGCCAACAGCAACAACAACAGCAUCACGAGUCUGAUCAAGGCCACCUCACACAGCUUUUUCAGCAGAUGUUACAGCAGCAGACAAAGCUGGCUGAGAUGGAGCAGAAACUGGCAGAACACGAGCGUCACGAAGAAAAUCUCAAAAAGGAGCUUACAAAGACGGAGCUUGAGGAGCUGGCACCUGCUGAAAAGGGCACAGAAGCAGCUGAUAAUGAGCCCCAAGCUACAACGCCUCAGAGCUCUAGUGGUUUCAGUGCCUCUUGGAGCACUGGUUUUUCGGACCAUACCCAUAGCAAACUUGACAUAGAGCAAGUCUUCAAUGACCUGGCAAAAAAACAAAUUAGCGAAAUUUCUGAGAAGGGUAAACAUGCUGAUGGAGUAAGCGACAGCUCUAAGCCUGAUGUUGAAACAGAGAGUGACAUCGAUGUGUCUAAACAGGAUUCUGACACUUCGGAGCUUUCAGAAAAAGAAAUAGUGGGUGACAAAAAGACUGAAGUAAAGAGUGUGUCUACGGAUGAGCUAACGAAAGGUGAUGAUCAUGGGACAGCAGAAGUAAUCAACACCGAACCGGGGAGUGUCUCCCUUGGCGAAGAAGCGAAUGAUAACAGGAAUUCCUCGUCAAGUACUGAACAGAAAAGUGAAAAAUCUGAAGUGGAUUCAUCGUCUUCGGCUGAAGAUAAACCUGACGGUGAAUCUGUAAAGAGAGAAAAUAUAUCAGAUGAGGACAAAGAAAAGCAAAGACGUCAACAAAUCGAAGAACAGAUCCAGCAGAUUAAAGAACUUCAAAAGAAUACACAACCUGCCCCUCCUCCGCUUCCUCAAAAGAAGAAAUACCUGUACGAACCAGGCAAAAUGCCAGAGGCUUGUGAGCUUCCACUCAAACCUCCCGACACGGUUACAGCUGAAGAGCCGAACAAGCCCUCGCUGUACAGACAGUGUGGCCAUUACUAUGACACGCAGCAGUCUCGCAUUGGUCAAGCAGAGAACAAUGACUGUCUUAGUGAAGAAGAGUAUAUACAGAGGCUGUCAUUCACUGUCGAGACCUUUGAUGCUCUGGUGGUGAACUUGUCUCAGAAGAAAGAAGGUACCACCUACAGUGGCUUCAUACAUGAGUGGAAGGUAGGUAGCUGAUGUCACAUAUCAUACACGAGAGGGAAUGUUUCAUCUGAUAUCCAACACCAUAAAUAAAUGAAUAAAUAAAAAUUAAUAAAAAAUAAAUAAAUUGAUAAAUGAGGCAAUGUAGAGUUUUGAAAAGACGCUUUGAAGACUUUCAUUUGGGCGGAGUGUAUAUCAAAGACAGAAAAACUUGAGAGUAACAAAAGUAUUUUGACCUUCGAUCGUUGUCGCCCGCACUCCGUAACCUUUGGUUAUUGCUAGUUCUAUUUCUUUUAAAGUUGUUCCACACAGUCAUGAACAACUUUGGAAUUUUUGCUGCGAAAGGAGUACGAAGCACGCAGCGACUGACUUUUGCUAAUGAUUAACGUUCAUCCUUUCUUGAUUUUUGUCUUUUUUCAUUUCCAGGCACUGGAAAAGAUGCAAGAAAGUGACUCGUGUGUUUUCUCCACUAAAGAUGCCAGUCUCAAUCCAUCGAAGAACAGAUACAGAGAUGUCUUGCCCUGUAACUAUUUACCUCUUCGUUUGUCUCUAUAUUUAAAGUUGAAGUUUGAUAGAUUUAAGAUCAAUUUGUUACUUAAUAAGCAAAGGUUGAGUUAUACAGAAACAAUAACGCGGAUAAGAACGAACGACGUUUCGGUGUCAUCUUGACGCCAUUUUCAAGUUCAAAUGAUUGGCUAAGGAUUAGCAUAUAUGAGAUAUACGGUGGCCCACAACUGUCACUGCAAAACCAACAGUCUCACGGCAAAAACAAAAUACCUCACGGCAAAACCGAAAACCUCACGGCAAAAACAAAAAUCUCACGGCAAAACCAAAUACCCACGGCAAAAUCAAAGCUAUUUUGUUUUUGCUGUGAAGUAUUUGGUUUAGCCGUGAGGUUUUUAGUUUUGCCGUGAGGUAUUUUGUUUUUGCCGUGAGGUUUUUGGUUUUGCCGUGAUGUUUUUGUUUUUGCCGUGAGGUUUUUGGUUUUGCCGUGAUGUUUUUGUUUUUGCCGUGAGGUUUUUGGUUUUGCCGUGACAAAUGUGGGCCACCAUAGAAAGAAGCAAAGUCACGCAAAAAUUGUGUUUCUUCAAAUGCUUAUUUAACACAUUGCUUUUUUAGGCUGUUAUCUCUCUUCAUCACCAAGAUAUGCAACAGCAACUUCUCCUUAUUCAUAGUAACUCCUUAUUUCUCUCCUCAGGGGAUCAUACACGAGUCAAGCUAACGACUAAGGAGGCAGGCGACUAUAUUAACGCCAACUUAAUAAAGGUAAGGGAGAAACUUGAGCACUCGUUCUUGACAAACAGUAAUUUUCUCUCCGCAAUUGCGCUGGGAUGACAAGUCCUUGUAAAAUGACUAAAGAACUUAAAACGACUUGCUUCCUAACUCGUCUGUCAUGAAUCAGAGAGGCCCAGAUACUGUUAUAGCCUCACUGAAAUAUUUACCUUUUUCCUCUCACAAAUGGCUCAUAUUAAAUUUCAACAAUUUUUUUUCAAUUUCCAUGUUUUCAAAUGCUGAAAAACAGAUAUUACCGUGUAAAAGUACUACCAGAGAGGUUUCAUUUGAAUGGUGACACAUUAGGAUCUCAUCCACAGACUCAAAAGUUAGAACAACAGUGUUCAGCAUAAUAAACAGUACCACAGGAAAGUACUUCUCAGUAGUUUUCAUUUGAAUGGUCACACUUUAGGAUUUCAUCCGCAGACUCAAAAGUUAGAACAACAGUGUACAGCAUAAUAAACGGUACCAUGGGAAAGUACUGCUCAGUAGCUUUCAUUUGAAUGGUCACACUUUAGGAUCCACAGACUCAAAAGUUAGAACAACAGUCUAUAGCAUAAUAGAUGGUACCAUGAGAAAGUACUGCUCAGUAGCUUUCAUUCGAAUGGUCACACUUUAGAAUUUUAUCCAGACUCAAAAGCUAGAAACACCUUGUACAGCAUAAUAAACAGUACCACAGGAAAGAACUGCUCAGUAGCUUUCAUCUCAAUGGUCACACCGAAGGAAUUCGUCUACAGACUCAAAAGUUAGAACGAUCUUACAAAACUCCAUCAGUCACUCCGGGUGUCCUUGAGUUAACAGUCGGCAGGAGCACCUGCAGUCGGCGCACCCGUGUAACAACUGGCUAAAUUCUUUCACAUGUUCAUUUCUCUAGAUAUAAUUAAUUAUAGAUUGACGUUGUAAUGACGCAUAAUAUUGGAUUUGACUUAUUUCAAUCUGUUCUCGAACCUUUAUGUUGUUUCUUGACAGAAAGUGACGCCUAUGUCGCCAGAUUAUAUUCUUACCCAAGGCCCUAUCGCUGCCACCUUAGAUGACUUUUGGUUGUUAGUCUGGGAACAAAAAUCCCCCGUGAUAGUCAUGCUUACCAAAGAAGUGGAAGGAAAUCGCGUAAGUUCAGUCAAUAGUGUUUUAUGAAUACCGUUAAAAGUAAGAGUCCUUAUUGGUUUCCUGUAGUAAAAAUCUCCAAAUUGCUGUUACGCGUGUGCGCGGCACGUAUGUAGCCAGCACUCGUUUGGACUUCCACGUAGAAUGAAUGAAAUGCAUAGAACGCAAUCUGAUCACGCGCGUUUGGACUUUCUAUCACUCGUAAGCAAUUUGUCGACCAAUCAGCAGUAAAAACCAAACCAUGUCUCCCACCUGCCGCCCGCUACGUGUUUUUGCUUGAGAUCUGAUUGGUUCGUUGGACUUUCCCGCGCUUGGUGCCCAACACAUGGGUUUGCUUGAGAUUUGAUUGGUUGAUCGUCUUCGCGCGUGAUUAGUAAUCAGCCACUGUGUGUUGUGAUUAAGCCAGAGUCAUCGCACUAUGGCUCUAUUUGUUUUUCAGUUGAAGUGUCAUCAGUACUGGCCAAUAGACGAGGGUCACACGGUUGUAUACGGAAAUAUUAGGGUACAUAUGAGAAGCAAGAAUCACUCUGAGGCCUGGAUAGAGCGUAUCAUGCACGUACAGCAUUCGGAGGUGAGUCAAACUUUCAUAGAGCGAUUUUCGUAUGACCUUGAAAUGAAAGUGGGCGACCUCCAUUUUCCUACACUUGUGUUUGCUAUAAGAUAGAAGCAGGGAAAGUAGCUCGACUUAUCAUCUGCCUAUUAUUACCCUUUGCUCCUCCUUACUGUCUUUUUCUUGAUAUUUGUUUCUUCAGAGCGAUGAAGUACUAGUUGUGUCUCACCUACAGUUCACUGGCUGGCCUGAUCAGUAAGUCAGUUCCGUGUCUAAAGUCAGGGGCGGAUCCAGGAUUUUUUUUAGGAGGGAGUGCACUCGUCUCUUGCUCUACUUCAACACCAAUAAACCAAAUAGUUUUUUUUUUUUUUUUGCAGAAUACCAAUUGUAUUAGAAAACCGCAGGUCAUUUCGGGGGGGGGGGAGGCACCCCCUGUACCCUCCCCCUAGAUCCGCCCCUGAAAGUAAUCGUAAAACCGUAUCUUUGUUUUGAAUGGUAAAGGCAAUGACGCAUACGAGCCAAAGGCCCAAACAACCGUAGCUUAUCCCGGUUUCUUUAGCAUGAAGCAUGACAAGGAGUUUUGCUACUCGAGGUGUUUGUCGUUAGAGGUGUUUGUUAAGAGGGAGUUGACUCCGUGAGCGAUUUACCUUACAUCACCGCGUAACUGACUGACGACCAUUAACAUCGCGACCAAAUUGACCAAUCAGGUCAAUAACCAGAGUUAAAUACCAUCAACUGACUCAUCACUUUUACUAUGAAGAUGACUACCGCACAGGUUGUCGAAACGUCAGUCACUGUCAGCAACAACAGUCCUAUUCAGGACUACAUUCACCCGGAUGAUUAUACUCAACUUACGUAUGAAAUGACUCCUGGGUUCAAACCUUUCACAGAGCGACUUACCUUUUCGUAAACAAACGUAACUAUGACUUUCUCUGUCGGUGACUAGUGGUUGUAUCGUCUUUUUCUCUAGUGGCGUUCCUCAUUCUCCAUCGGAUCUUUUGACGUACUUAUCAGAGGUGCAUAACCAUCACUAUACUAGGGAUCCUCAGACUGAAAGGCCUCUGGUGGUACACUGCAGGUAGGGACUGUUGUAUGUUGUCAUUAUAUGGCCAGGCCCUUUCCUUUUGUGCCACGCUUUAUGUUAGCGCUGACGUUAUGCUCAGUACAAAUUGUCUUUGUUCUGGAAGUUUUGGCAUCAAAUAAAAUCUUUGCAACAAUUUCAAAAUCGUGGAAGGAAAUUUGACCCACUUUGAAUUUAAACUCGUUAAAGAAUGUCAUAGACCUCAGGCAGAAGGGUUUACGGUCAUAUCGCCACCAACGAAAUCGCCACCAGGAAGUCUCCUCGCCACCACAUAAUAACUCUGAAAUAAUUGACACUGUUUACUUACCUGGGAUUGGUACUCCUUCCUCAAGCCCAAAUAUAAGUUAAUCGAUUUUUAUUGACACCUUGUGUCGAACUUCUCAUCUUUAUAUUGUGUGAAAAAUUGCGACUUUUUAAUACGUUAAUACGGCUUAUUUGCAUCGCUCGAGAGGUGCGACUUGUUUAAAAUCCAACAGCCUUUGUUAUGAACGUUGGUUAAUAUUGUCACUUGAACCUUACCUCCUUAAGUUUCAUUUUAAAUUGAGAGUGAAAGAAUUCUUUUUGGAGACUUGUCCUUUCCAAAAGUAUUAAGAUAUAUAUUUCGUGGUGGCGAUUUCGUUAAUGGCGAGGUGACCGUAUACCGGCAGAAGCACCAGGUUUAUAUGCUUCUGCCUGAGGUUCCUUGUGAGUCUGCUCCCCAUAGUUGCUGAUGCAUAUUUAAGGAGUGUAAACCUUGAUUGUGGUCUUGUAAUUAACGCAGGGGAAAAUGAAUCAGUUUGUUUGAUCCCCGCAGAUCGUGUGUUAGAUUCCUCAUUUGACACAUUCUAGCUCUAUAUUUCGGCAUCGUUUCAAUAUGGAUGGCCUUAAAAACUGUUAUUACCAUGUCUUGGCACCCAGAACUAUACAAAUACCUACACUGAAUUUAUCUGAUUUAAAAGGUCCUGGAAGUGCAGAGCCGGGUUUUGUGCAGAGUCGGAUCGAGGUCGAACAGUUUAAACUUUUUGUUUUAUAAUCUGUGGUAUCGUUUCAGUGCUGGCGUUGGCCGAGCGGGAACCUUCUGUGUUAUUUACACCGCGAUCCGUGAGCUGAAUGGCACGGGGAAUAUUGGUAAGGAUUCAUACAAUGAGAAUAACUAUUGUCACGUACUCUAUUCUGCUCAGCAAGUAUAUUGUAAACUAUUUAUCUUUUAGAAGAACCGUAAGUUUGUGUCACGCUCUCUUUUCCGCUCUAAGAGAACUGUAACUAUACUAUGCCACGUACUCUUUCCCGCAUGGGAAAUUUAAGACUAAAAAUGCAUUUUUAGAGUAACUGUAAGUUUAUUGUGUUGAAGAUGCAUUUAUUGAGAGGAAGUGUAAGUCAGGGUUCGCAUCAAAUCGAUGUCUUAUUUCCAACAAUAGCCCUUAUGCAUGUUUACGUCACACAAGCAAAUUUCACCACCAAGCCUCGUUUUGAAAUUAAAAAUAAGCGAAGUUUCACAGAAAUGAAUUCCCAAGGCAGUAGAGUUGAAAAGAAUACCCACGCACAAAAAGUACAAAUGCAAAAAAUUUUGUUCACAAACGAGGCUUGUUGGUGAAAUUUACUCGUCUGACGUAAUCAUGCAUAGGGGCUAUUGGCGGUCCUAUAGCACAUAAAUCAGGCGUAGCAUAAAAAUUGUUCGUGAAAACAAAAGAAUAAUAAACAGCAAAGUUAACGUUAUGUACUAAUGAAAUUAACUUCUAAAUCUCUUUCUCAGAACAAAAGAACGUUUUUAACUCACGAUUGGUUCCCUCCAAAAUUCUUGGGCUCCCUGUUUUACCAGACGUGUGGGUUCCAGGACCCAGAUUUUAAAACUUCUAUCGUAGUUCCAUCGCUGUGUAACUACGUGAUGUGUUGUCACGCACUCCUUCUCGCUCUGAAAAUAAUCUCUUUAAUCCUUGAGCGUAGCUGUUACUAUGGUACAUGUCGGUCACGCAUUCUUUCUCGGUCACGCUUUCUUUCACGCUCAGCGGUAUGUAGUUAGAUACGACUCUUUCAGUGUGAAAGCUGUUCUGUGCCCCUUGUUGUAAUAAUCGUUGUGCAUGUAGCGUUUUUUAUCACAUUUUUUGUCAUUUUAUCACAUAACUUUUUUUGUUUUCAUUGUAGUUAACAUCCCUAAACUUGUCAGGAUCUUUAGGCAGCACCGCAAGUUCACGGUACAGAAGAAGGUACGAAGGCCUCUCUAAAAACCAUCAGUAUUUUGCUUAGAGUUAGAAGAAUAGAACCAUGCAGUUGCCUGGGAAAAUCGCUGCCCGCCAGAUACCAUGCCUCUGCUAUCUCUGAGAGAAAGUCACGCGUUGCUUGUUGCAGGCGACAAUAGGAGCCCGCAAUCCUAAUCUCCAGGUUGUUAUUGCGCAUGCGUCGCAUGUUUGUGGCCAGCAUUCGUUGGACGUCCACUAAGAAUUAAUGGAAUGCACAGAGCGUAAUCUGAUCACGUGUGUUUUGACCCUCUGUCACGUGAAACUUACGCAAAACAGCAGCGUUGGAGCAAGAGCGUUUUGACCUUCGUUCAAAAGUUCAAUACCUCGCCCGCACUCCCUAACCUUUGGUUAUUACUAGUAGUCUAGGUUAAUCUUUGUUCCUGGUUGCUACAGUCUCAAAAAGUCCUUGAAUUUAGGGAAAGUCCUUGAAAUCUCCUUGAAUUUUCUUCAACUUUGAAUGUAGCAGGGUUCGGUUUCUGAAAGGCCGAUGAGCGCUAAUCCCGGAUUAACAUUUUUGUUCCGCUUUUUGUAUUUACCUUCCUAAGCAAUGCUUAGAGUAACAUUUUGAGUUAUCAACUCUCUUUUUCGAAGGAAAGGCUCAAUAGUAUUUUGUACACUCGAGUUACGUGUUCCAAGACAAGAAAAUCUUGCUUAAAAUUAGGCUUAAUCCUUGGUUAAACUUAACCAUCUUUCGAGGAACCGGUCCCUGGAAAGUGUUUUUUUUAAUGCGUUUUGGUUAUCCAAGACAGAAUAUAAAUCGUAGCUCAAAGAAGUUAAAAGAGAUUUACGUAAAACGUUUUUUUUUGUGUGUUACGCAAUAAUUAACUAUAAAUUUUAGACAAGUGAGCUAAAAGAGAAGUUGGUGGAGCAAAUAGUUCAAGCCGUAAAGUGCUGUUAGAAUAGACUGGGAAUGUCGUUUUUGUACAAUCUGUGAAAUUACAUUCGUGGUAAGUGAUCCUUGAAAAUCGAAUGGGUCCUUGAAAAGUCCUUAAAAACGGUUGCACCUUUUUCUAUGAACCCUGUGCGAGCUGGCUCGCUGGCUAUAAUCUGACCAAGUUUGGUCCGGGAGGGAUCCGGUACGUCCAGUACUGAUUUAGGACUAACGUUUGUUCAACGUUGGCUUUUUAGGAGCAGUAUGAGUUCUGUUACAGAGCAGUUCUGUUUUAUGCCAAUCAGUAUCUUCAGUUAGGUAAGAUUGAUUUAUCAGACUCCUUUGAAUUAUCAUCUUGACUGUUCUGCUGAGGUUAUGUCUCUCAAAAGGAAGAGGGGAGCGGCCUUGUUAAAAUUAUGGAAAAGGGGCAAUUAAUGUUUUGAAGGGGUUAAAAAUAAAAUUUGAAGUGAAUUAUUUCAUACUUUUCUACCCUAAUCCUUGUUUGCCAUUAUAUCUUCAUGUCCAACAAAAAUUAAGCAAUAAUGCUCCGUUAAACUAACUGUUGAAUUAACUUUUUUUUUAUUUAUUUCUGCAGAAAAAACUGCUAUUGCUUUCAAGAAAUCAAAGCUCGCAUCACAUGACCACCUGGGUGACGUCAGCAGUGCGUCAUCAGUGACGUCAUUGAGUGACAGUAGUCAGCGGAAGGCAGAUGAUAUGAGCUUUCUAGGGGAAAUUUCCUCUGACGAGGAUAGCUCUGACAGUAGCAGUGGAUUUGACGAAGAGCAAAGUAGUUUAAUCAGAAGAAAAAGUUCCCAAGAUCUGGAAGAUUUUGAUCAGAUCACGACGACAGAUCUAGAAAUCUCCGGGCUUAAAGAUUUUUCUCAAGUGACGAUUGAUUCUUCAAGUGGUGAUAAAAGCAUUCCGUGCACUUCAACGAUCAGUGCAGAUCUACCAGCAGUUGGCGAAUCGUCUGGCAGCGUCUCAGAGUUAAAAAAUUCAUCUGUUGCCGACACUCAAGAAUUGCCGAAAGCGAGCUCAGAUAUCUCCGCGGCGAUCGAGAAGACUGAGGGGUCGAAGGUGCAACAAUUAGCCGAUCUCGACGCAGAGCUGAAAGAUGCGUCGGUUGAUUCCUCUUAUGCUAAAAAGGAGAGUGAAAAGGCGUCUUCGUCUUGUACGAGCAAUGCAGAGCUAACAGUCAUGUCCGAGAGAGGCUCAGAAUCGGUGGAGGCGCGUGAAAGCACUGAGGAACCGAAUGGCUGUAGUAGUGGCGAGAAAGGUUGUAAUGAUGAGGUUGUGGAAGAAGACGUGAGUGAAAAACAUGUUGUAAGCAAGGCGGAAAGCACGGAUACAGCUUUGGAAAUAGAAGGGAAUGCGGAAGAGGAUGGUGAUAAAAUUGGUGGUGAGGCAAAUGAACGAGAACAGACAAACACUGAUCAGUCGAUGUCGGUUACUCAGACUAAUGAACAAACUGAGUCAUUAGACGAGAAAAAUAGUACAACAGGACUGUUGCAAACAGAGGCUACAGUAAAUGGACAGCAAGGACAAGAAAACCAGGAAGAAAGGGAUAACCCUCAGGAUAACGGUAAACAAGGUGAAGAAGCCAGUGAGCAACAAGGCCAAGAAAAUGUUGAAAAGAUGAGCAGAGAGCCGUGUAAAAGUCAUGAAAAGGAACCAAAUAACGAACAAACUGAAGAACGAAAGGCUGAAGAUUGCUCAGAAUCUAGCGGAGAUGAUAGACGAACAGAAUUUAAAAAGAAAGGCGAAAGUGAAAGUCUUGAACAAACGAAGCAAGACUGUGAAUAUCAGCAAACAAAUGGAGUUUAAUUUGAAUUUGUUUCCACGAUGAGAUCUCUCAUAUAAGCGGAAUCAAUUUAUUUUAACUUAAACAGUGGCUUCCAGGUUCGAAAUUUUUUAUUUACAGUAAUGGAUAUUGUUACCAGGGAUCGGUCACUGGUAUUUGCUACAACGCCAUCAAUAGUUUUGGGACGUAAAAUAACUCGCUACAUGGUAAGGGUUUUUAUAUUAUGAACACGAACGUUGAACGCAGAACAUGGGGCUUUAUAGGCCAUGUCCACACUAAAUGCGUUUUCAAAAGUAUUCGUCUUCGCUGUGAUCGAAAACGCAUCGAUCGAUUCGCCUUCACAUAACCGUUUUGAUGCGUUUUCGAGUGUCUAAACUAAAACGUUCGAGAACGAUACACUAACGCUGCGCGCAGUUACUAUUUAUAGACCCUAAACUCAGACAAACAAACUGAAAUUAACAUUAGCGAAGUCCUCACUUUUGUCUGACUUUUGUCAAUAAAAUGUCGUGGUUGUCUGUCGUUUGUCAUUAAAAUGAGGAAAAUCACAAAGUUCAGACAAAAAUUGCACAUUAGUUACUCUGACGUCAUUCGCGCGCUACGCUAUUGCAUGCUAUGACGUAAGUUGAGCUCUUUGCGCAUGCUACAGACACACGCGCCUGCGAUAUUUUCGGUCAUCAUUUUAAUUUUGAUGCGUUUUCGAUACGAUACGAUUUGUAUGCGUUUACUUUCAAGAGCAUUUUCAAAUUGAUGCGUUUUCGAUGGAAACGCUCAGCGUAUUAGUGUGGACGGAUGGCUUAAAACGCAUCGACAUGUGCGCGUUCUCAAACGAAAACGCGUUAGUUUGGACGGGGCCUUAGAAUUCCUCCGGCGUAUAAAUUUAGCCGUCGGUAUGCUUUUUGUGGUCAAUUUAAUAAAAUAAAAUAUAAAAAAACAUUGUAACAAGGCCAAGCCGGUAUCUACGCAUGGGGCGUGGAGAUUGUUACACCAAUGAAAAAAAUUUGUGGGAAGAAACACUAUCUUACAAAAAUAAAGCGUUUUCACUCACCUGGCCAACAGUAUAUUCAAAUUUUACGUAAGGUCCCUCAGGACUGGUUUGCAAAAACAACAUGGCUGCCAUUUCAUUGUUUUGGAACACCAAUAUAGUGGACAUGAUGUCAUGUAAAAACACUAUAGCGGGGUGGUUAAAAGUUCUAUCGACCUCUUUAGCAUGUAAGCUUUGUUUUCCUAAUUCACCAUUUUCGUAUAGACC